AUGGCUUCUACCGUGGAGGAUUUGGUUUCACAGGGCAACUUCUCAGAGACAUACUGGACUGAAUUUGUAAAUACAUACAAUGGGACAUUAAACGCUACUUUGAAUACAACAAGCAACAGUAAGACUCAUCUGCUUCCUACACAGGGCAUAGCAAUCACGGCUGCCAUUAUAAUGGUGGUAUUCACAAUUGGCGGACUGGCAGGAAACCUUUGGAUAAUGGCAGUAUUGUGUUAUAACAGGAAACUUUUGAAUGCUAUCAAUGUUUUCAUCGUGAGUUUGUGUGUAAAUGAUGUAAUGAACAUAGGGAUCUGUGAACCAACUGUAAUCCAGACUUACUUCACAGUGCAGUGGUUGGCUGAAUACCAUUGGUGCACCAUUCUGCCGCUACUCGCCAUACUUUUCACCGGAUGCUCUCUCUGGCAUUCCGCCUUCAUCGCCAUACAUCGUUACUUAGUGGUAGUGAAGACGACGGUCUACAAUGGGAUGAACCAGAAAAUGUAUAUUGUAAUGGUGCUGAUUCUUGCCCGCAUUAUUCCUGCGUGCUGCCUUAUACCAUUAAUUCUCAGUCCAUCUUCGAAGUUCAUCCCUAAGCUCAUCCGCUGUGUGGUAUCCCCAAAGUACACUUCUCUGACUGUCAUUGUGAUCUUGAACAUGAUUGCCAUACCAUGCGCUAUUGUCGUUGUUUGCUUUGGACUGAUUUUUAUUCAUGUGCGCAGAGUUGCACGAAGAGUGAGAAGCGCCCAUGCUACUUCACAACGAGAAAUUCAAAUUACCAAAAUGUUUGGCGUGAUAUUUCUGGUGUUUAUUAUUGGAUACAUGAUCUAUGGCCUUGUAAAACUUGGUGACAGACACAACACUGUCAGUGGAGAUGUAUACAUCCUCAUCUCACUUCUCCAUCACAUUGGGACUUGCAUCACACCACUCAUUUAUGGUGCUAUGAACCAACAAAUACGUGAAUUAUGUCUACGGACUCUGUACAGAGAACGUUUCAAGACAAAUGCUGCAGACGAAAGGCUGAAUCUUGACAGCCGUCUUCUGAUGACAAGAAACAUAUCCCCUUCACCGCCCAAGAUUGAAAAAGAAAAGAUGCCACUGCAAGAAAAUGCUCAAGCAGAGAUAGCAAGUAAAAACAGCUUGGCUACAACCAAGCCACCAUGUCCAGAAGGUGCCUUGACCCCAAGAAGUCCAAUGGCUCCAACUGACUCUGUAGAUUUUAACCGAAAUGCAGAUUCCAUUACUGUCAUAUGA